AGAUUUCAAACCCCACUCAUAAAAUUGUCUGCCCCUCUCUCGCUUCCUCCGUCAUCAUGCUUGGCCUCUCCUCCCCCGUCCCCAUCCCCAUCUCCAUCUCCAUCCGGCCACAGCAGCAGCGUCGCCACAGGGGAUACACGAGUCACCGCCCCCGCGGACGAUAUCUGCUUCGCCGUCAGGGGGAUCCGCCUUUGCUGGCAUCUUCCUUUCUCCUGCGCCACCGUAAACUAAUCCCGUUCCGUGCUAGCUGCUGGUGGGCAGAAUCCAAUCCGAGAGCAUCGUGUUCGGAGUGAUCUUGGUGUCUUUCUUGGUCGGGGGUGUUGAUUUGGAGGAGAGGGGAUUCUUAGGGCAGGCCUUCCUUCAGGUGGAUGCGUGGUACGGGCAUCACCAAAAUGCAAGUUUCAGGAUCGAAGGUAUUGCCACUUGCGGUGCAGUUCUUCCACAGCAGAUGAUCUGCAGUUCAGUCACGGACUCACAAAGACUUCAGAUCUGUUAAAAACCUUCAGAUUCCACAAGUUCUUAUUCAUCUCAGUUCCUGGAUAGCCGCUGAUCUGCACUCACCAAAGAAUAGAUGGAUAGCCAGUUCGGUGCAAUGGACAGAGGCGGUAGUAGGCAGAGGAGCAGCCCUGUGUUAGCCAGACCAAAUACUGCAAAGAGGCAAAUGCAGCAGCAGAGGGCAAAUGCUGCUGACAAGAAGGUUGUCAUACCGAACUACUUCGGCGUCGAAGCGUUCUUCGUGCUCGCCUGCCUCACCGUUUCAUUGCUCAUACUGCCAUUGGUGCUGCCUCCGUUGCCCCCACCGCCAUCGCUACUGCUGCUCUUGCCGGUCUGCUUGCUCAUCCUGUUGAUGGUGCUGGCCUUCAUGCCGACUGAUGUGCGGAGCAUGGCCACCUCUUACUUGUAAAUAGGCUUGCUGCGUGGUUUUUGUUUCUGAUUGUGUGUUGGCAUAAGAUGAGUGCAAUAUGAAGCAUCUUUCUCGGAAGAAUAUAUUUUGAGUGGUGCGUGUAGUAACUUUAAAAGAUAAAGAUUGGAGUUUGGAAA